CACUUGGAUGCUGGAAAACUCCUCCUGUUCAUGGGGAGCAAGAUGGUCCACAGUGGGCAACAGAGGGGUGCAUGGCUGUGACAGGACCUGGCCCAGCCUUUCACUGAAAGGACACCAUGCUGAGGUUGAGCUGGGGAACUUAAACUCAAGCAGAAGGCCGUGAGUGGCUGCCCUCUUCUCCUGUUCCCUCGUUCUCAUGAUCUUCUCAUCAGGACCCAUGCUGGCCAAUGCUAUUCCAUGUUUAAGUCUUACGAAGGACAUUGUAGCUUUCCUGACAUGGUCUGACUUUGCUUUUGAAUUGAGUAUUAAAAAAUACCAAGCACCUGAAGAAGUUGUGGCUUCAAUGAUGGAAGUGAAGCAGUGCGUAAAUAAGAUUGACUCAAAAUACAGAGGAAUAAUACUGAAAGUGCUGGUAAAAGUUGAAAAGGAUUGUUGACAGACAUAAUAAAAACAUUCUCACCUGAUGUCCUCAAUCUUCCAAGGAUUCCCUGUCAUCACUGAAUAAUGUAAAGGUUUCAACGUCUUGCUUCAUUAAAUUUCUUUCCUUGCA